UUUUGUGUUGCGGCCGUGCGCCAUCCCGCUCAUGCAGCGCGUCGCCGGAGUCCUCGCGAUAGCAUUGCUUGGCACGGCACUGGAAUUGACCAAUCCUGUCCACCCUGCACGAGAAGCCGUUACGUUUGUCUUCACGGGAGUCGAAGAUGCGUCUCCAGUGGUCAAAUCCAUCCAGGACGCGGUGACACUUGCCACCGUCGCCGCCGACAUUCCGUUGGAACGACAGUCCAACAACGAGGCAGUGUUCACGUUGGACGGUGCGUUGGCCAUUCCUGGGCUAUACAAGCUGCUGGUGCAGGAUGGCAAAGCCAGCAAAGUGUUCCAUGCGACGUUGACUACGUCGGUAUCGCUGUCGUCAGCAGUCGUGCAGGGCAUCAACCUCCCAUUUGGAUCGACGUUGUCAUCGGUCGUCAACCUAACGCCGCGCGAUACAUUCUCCGUCGAAGUGGAGCUUCAAGACGCAUCUACGUUGACGCCAGUGGUGCCCCAUCACGCGGUGCUUCGCUUCGCCCACGAGUCCAGCGUCGACGCUACGAUUGUCCUCGAGCCGUACCAAGCGACGGCGAUGCGCGCGGUCGUGUCUGUCGCGUCGCGUGGUCUCCUCUCUGGUCUCCACACCGUAUCGUUGGUCGUCGGCGACAUCCAUUUCCACAACGCUCUUGCAUGGGAGCUCGGUCAAAUCAACGUGGAGCUUCCCCCUGCCCCGCCCGCGUCGCCGACUCCGCUGUACACGACCCCGCUCUUGCACACAAGCGACACAACGCUGCAAGCCCUCCCCGAGAUCACCCACAUCAUGAGACCACCCCCCACGACCCCCCCGCCCGCCAUCUCGAUCGUGUUCACUGCGCUUGUGGGCGUGCCACUGGUGGCGUUCGUAGGGGGGUCAUUGCGAGCCUCAUCCCUGCCAAAGUUGCCGUCGUCCGUCGCCGGCAUCGUGUGGUCGGUAGCGUUCCUCGUGUCGCUUCUGUCCGUGCUGGCUCUGUUUGGGUUGUACUGGCUCCAGCUCGACAUGUUUACCGCCCUCGGCUACUUGGGCGUCCUCGGUCCAGUUAUUGUGGUCACAGGCCAGUAUGCCCUCGCCCAUGUAGCUGCUCGUACAACUUCCCCAAGACCCAAAACCGAUUAAAGAUCUAAUAGGUUAAAAGAAAAUUCUAUGUGUACGAGGACGAAGCUGUCGCAGCUCGAUUUGUGAAGUCGAAACAGUUUAUAACA